UGAACAUAGACCCUUUUCUGCUCACAAUUCAGUUCACAAACAAGAGAAGAAAAUACAAAGUGAGCUUGAAAGGGGAAAAAAGAGAGAGAACAAAAAUGGGUAGCUUAGAAGAAGAGAAGCUGUUUCAAAUGGUGCACGAUUUUAUUGAAUCAGAAUCAACUUCAGAAAAUCCCUCUUAUUCCUCUCAAAAUCUGUCUCUCAAUAAUCAUCAUGCUAAGCAAUAUAUUUUGCAGGAGAUUGUUGCGAGUAGAACUGCAGCUGAAGAGGGUCUUCUUGGUUGUGUAUUGAAGCACAUGAGGCACAAAAUCGAAGCAGAGAAAACUACUAGCCUCAAGAAAUGGCUUGUGAUUAGACUAAGAAAGGAUGGUUAUCAUGGUGUUUGUCUAUGUCAAACUUCUUGGCCUACUACUUUAGGCUGCCCUGCUGGUGAUUAUGAAUACAUUGAAGUUGUGAUUAAGGAUAAAAAAUGCAGCUCAUUGAGGCUGAUCUUAGACAUUGAUUUCAAGUCACAAUUUGAAUUAGCAAGGCCUACAUCAUCCUACAAAGAGCUCGCAGAUACGCUUCCUGCAAUCUUUGUUGGUGAUGCUCAGAAAUUGAACAAGAUAAUCUCCAUCCUUUGCUCAGAAGCUAAGAACUCACUUAAAGAAAGAGGUCUGCAUGUUCCUCCAUGGAGGACAAUCACUUAUAUGCAGUCCAAAUGGUUUAGUAACUGCCAAAGAAUAAUCCCUUUGAAUCCUAGCAGAGAAGUAGGCCUAGGCAAUAAAGAGGCAAUGGUUGGUGAGCAUAUUUCAUCCAAUUUUGACACAUUGACAGCAUCACCUUCUGAUGGGAAGAAGGAAAACAAGGCAGAGAAUUUUGUUCCUAGAUCAGGUUUAUCUAGUCAAUUUGCUGCUAUGAGCACAAAAUGCUUCUAA